AUGCCAUUAUAUAAUAUGCACCACUUGAGAAACAGCUUAAUAAGGAUCCAAAUGAAAAAUCCAUCAACCGUGAACUUGCUUAAAUCGUGCGAUCACAUAAACGUGAUCAAGUACUAUGGGGCGUGGCGCGAACAAGGUGAACCGGGCAAUAAACUUGACAAAAUUUACAUCAUGAUGGAGUAUUGCAAUUACAAUCUGCACAAUGUAUCUGAAUUUAUCACAAAGGUUUAUGAACGCAAAUCUAACGAGGUGAUAUGCCCGGUUAGUUAUUUUAUUUCCAUCAUAUUGGUCGAGGAGAUACUCAACGGUUUAAACUAUUUACACGGCAUGGAUAUAAUGCACCGUGAUUUAAACCAGAGUAAUAUAUUGGUUAAACAACGAGGUAACGGUUGGGUGAUUAAGAUAUGCGAUUUUGGGUUAUCCAAACUCGAAGAGUCCGCAUCACAGCAUACAAUCAAUGUGGGCACACUAACCUAUCAGGCGCCCGAGGUGAAAUGGGGCGGCGAAUACAACAAGCUGGCCGAUAUAUUUAGCCUGGGUGUUACGCUUAUUCAAUUUUUCAACCUCGAUAUUAACAACAAUAAGAUUGUGGUACACAGGGAGCUUAUUAAUUUGUUGGCUCGUAUGAUAUCUGGCAAAGCGGCUGAUAGGCCCACGUGCGCGGAUGCAUUGACAUCGUUCAAUCAGUUACCGAUUGUUUAUGAUCUGGAUGUAGUGCGUGCCGAUCAUCAUGGUAUUGCUCUAUUGGAGCAAAAUGAUGAAAAUAUUGACGGAAAGAUACUCAUCAGAUUUGAUUUCAUUGAGAUAUGCAAACUGACGGCUGCGGAGGCCCUACAGUGCGGACUCGUGGCACGUGUUAUACCCGGAGCCGAGUUUAGCUCAUGGGUUGAGAAGUGGGUGUUUGACGGGACGACUGUCGGUGUUGAGGUGAGGGCCUCAUUGUUUGCUCAUAGCAUUUACUACUCGAUGAAUACAAUCGUAAAUCGUAACCUCAGGGCACUCGACUCAACCCAAACAUUUGUAAAAUACCACCGAUCGUGGUUAGAAAGGUACGACCGGUCACGUGACAAGUUUAUACGUUUUUGGCGCUCAGAACAUCUGACCAAUGGCAAAAUACACAACGACUUAGAGCAUAUUAUAAACGUCAUAUACCGACCCACAUCCAAUUAUGCCAUACUCCUGGCCAAUGAUUUAGCACAAAUGUUGGCUCAUUUUCAGGUUAAGCCCCGUCAAUUGUUACCUGAAUUUGGUUAUUAUAUUGGAACUGAACUGUUGGUUGACAUUAUUGAGGCAGUAAACUAUUUACAUACUAGGGAUCCGUUUCUAAUGCACCGUAAAUUGCGUCUGGAUAAUAUUUAUAUUGUGCCCGGCCAACAGGGUGCACGUUUUGUCAAGUUGGGUAAAUUUACCCUGCCUGAAUUUCCCGUCACACGCAGUGUAUUGGCUGAACCGCCGCAGUCUAUAAUGUUUAAUAAAGCGGUUCAUCGAUAUGUGGCCACAGAAGUGAAGCAAAAUGUCAAAUAUGGCCCUAAAAGUGAUUGUUAUAGUGUGGGUGUUAUCGCACAGGAUUUGCUCAAUUUUGAUGUUAACAGCUCAAUCGUCCGCAACAUAACCGGCAAAUACAAAGAAGUGUUGGACAUCACAGUAGAUAUGUUGGCCGGUAUGGCCCGCACCCGACCCACCAGUGCUCAAGUGCUCGACACUACACACCUCUGGACCGUACCGUACAGUGAAGUCCAGCGCCAAAUAGUGGCUACCAUUGAUACAAACCAAACAUAUGACAUAAAUACACAUUUUAUUCAACACUUUUUGGCAGCAAAAUACAUGUUCAAUGAGACAAUCAAUAGAGAAAUGGUUGUUGAGCCGAGCGAUGAACCGGAGGUGAGUGUUGAGCCCACCGGUGCUAUUGGUGCCGAUCAUAACAAGUAUACACUAUUGAAAGAGUUAACUACCGGUGCGUUCGGACAGUCGUAUAAAGUUGAGGACAACACCGAUAGAAAUGUUUACUCUAUUAAAACAUUUGAUAUUAAAGAUCAAAACAAAGUGAACAAACAAAUCACUGCGUUCACUGAAUUGGCAGAUUUAGACCCGGCUUACAUCAGACAACACGUGUCUAAUUGGGUUCAGUGGGAGGACAGCCUACAGGCGCUCAAAUUAUACACACAGUCCGAGUGGUGUUUACUAUCCCUAACUGAAGUCAUUGACAAAAUGCACACCUAUUUUGAGUCAACUGAUGGCCACCUCUGGCCAGCCGUAGGCUAUUAUAUGGCAUCAGAAAUAUUGCUGGAGAUUAUUGAAUGUGUAGUGUAUUUGCAUACCAGUGCCGGACCUUCCGGAGCGCCCAUAAUUCACGGCAAUCUCAAGCCUAACAAUAUAUUGAUAACCGAUGGCCGUAGAGAUGGCCGGUUUGUACGCUUGGCCGACAUUGGGUAUAGGGAUAGGGAUGUGUCCGCUCAACACCACAGGCAGAUGACGAGUGCGGACAAGUAUUUGGCACCGGAGGUCAGGCACAGUGAGAGAUACACAAUGAAAUGCGAUAUAUAUAGUUUGGCUGUCAUAGUAAACGAGCUGUUCAACAUUGACCAAGAUCAUUUAGAACGGACAACUGAUCACGAAUUAAGCGAAUUAUACGAUAAAGUGAUUGAUAUGUGGCGCACAUGUCUGGACGCCAUAAUGAGUGUCCGGCCCCGCAGUGACCAACUCUAUAACAACGCCUGGCAGUGGGCUCUACCCUAUGCGGCGGUCCGGGAGGCUAUCGCUGGUCAACUACCGGACCCACUGAUACUGACGGCUGAGGCCGAGAGGGCACCGGAGGUCCGCACUAUAGACCUGUCCAUCGAUGAGAUCAUUGCCGAAGAGGAGGACGUGUCGACUCCGGGAGCCGACGAGAUAUCGCUCGACGACUAUAUUAACCACAAUUUUGAUGAGCACUCGGAGAAGGUUUUAAUUAGCGAUAGUGUGAUCACAAAUGCGGUGACAACUGGUGCUGAUGUGGCCAUACCUGACACUACUGAAGAGAGUAGAGGUGUGGAUGAGUUGGUGACAUGUAUUGAUCAACCGAUAGACGGGAUAACUGUAUGCGAAGAAUCGGUUGAAUUAAACACAACAACUGAUUUAACAGUCGUGACCAGUGCUGUGUCGGCCAUACAUAUUGAUCCGGAUAUUGUCUCUGAAGAGGUUAUCGUAAAAUUAGUGGCACAACCGGUGACUGAUUAUAUAGAUUACGGGGCCAUUGAUAGGGCACUUGUGCUAACCGAUGCGGACGUCUGUAGUGUUACUAUUGAUAGUGUGAUCAAUAGUUUGGAUAACGAUAUCAUCGAUGCUAUCGAUACACAAGAAAUAUUAGAUCGCAUUAUUAGUGACGAAAACUUUAUUAUAGACUCGUCUAUUGAGUCCGUAAGCAGUGGAGAGUUGGCCACCCCUUGUGUGGGCACAACCACUAAUAUGAUUGAUAUAGUUAUCGGUAAAAAAGACUAUGGGUUGGAGAGCGCGGCGCCCGACAAUCACGUGAUAGACAUUGAGAUAACAGAUAAGUCAUCAGAUAGUGAGACAGUUGUUGAACAAAUGAACGAACUGUAUAGUGAACAGCAAAUUGAACAAAAUGAGCCAAUUAAUACGUGUUCAGAGAAUGAGACAGUUGUCCAACAAAUAGACACUAAAUUAAAUGAUGAAACAGUUAUUAAAAAAUCCAAUAAUCAAACCAUUGAAACAGAAACCACGGAUCAGCUCUUAGGCAAAGAAGCCAUAAAUAGUGAAUCAAUUGCUGAGAUAAUAGACAAUCAAAGAGUGGAUCAGACAAUAGUGACACAAACAGAAGACAAUGACAGUACUGUUGAACUUCCCAUUGAAAUCUAUAAGUUUGCUCAUAGUUUCACCAUAAUUGACACUUUGAAUGAGGGACAUUUUGGCCCCGUUUAUAAAGUAACACAUAAAUCAUACCAAACAGACAGCGCUAUUAAACGCAUUCAAAUCAAUGAUCUCAACGAUUAUAAAACCAUGAAACAAAAACUGGACGUGUGGUCACAAUUAGAUGCGGAACACGUUAUCAAAUACCUGUCCCAUUGGUGUCAAUACGACUCGGACAGCGUACAUACCCUACCGGUGCUGAGGCUAUACAUACAAACCGACACAUAUAUAAUGUCGUUAACCGAAGCUAUAUUAAAAAUUAAACAGCAUUUCGGGGCCAAAAAUAAUCAACUUUUGUCGCCAAUGGCGUACUAUAUGGCAUCAGAGCUAUUGUUGGACGCACUCGAGUGCCUACACUAUUUGCAUACCUGUGCGCCUCCUAUAACUCACGGCCAGAUACGGCCCGACACUAUACUCAUAACCUUUGGUCCGACCGUUAGUGCCUACAGUCGUAUGAAUGAAAACUAUGGCAUAAAAUACACUAAACUUAUUGACACGACUUGGAAACUGUUGGACAGUCAGCCCACACAUCGACCCACGUGUGAAACCUUAUUGAGUGCCAAACACGAGUGGGCCCUACCUUACAAAGUGGUCAGAGAUGCCAUUCCCGACAUCAUUGACCCGAACCGCACAUAUAAUCCAAACCAAGAAUUAAUUGAACAUUUCCUACAAAUGAAAUAUAAUUUUAAUGAAAAGCCAUUAAUGCCGGUGAAAGUGGAGACAAAAUUCAUUGAGCUCACCAUUGAGGACAAUUUAUUUCACACACUGUUUCACGCUGAUAGUAUUGAGAAGUUGACCCAGGGCAAAUUUGGUACAGUGUUUAAAGGUCGACAUAAAUUACUGCAUAAAGAUUAUGCUAUCAAACAAUAUAAAAUAAAAGAGAAAUUAGAUUAUGAUAAAAGACUAACCGAGAUUAAAUUGUGGGCACAAUUAGACUCUGUUGACCAUAUCAUACAAUACCGGUACCAUUGGUUAGAGAUCGUGGUGAAAAUGGGCAAUUUUGGUCACUCUACUUACGCCGAUGAACAAACAGUUACUAAGAGUCUGACUUCCGGUGCUAUUAAAUAUAUGGCUCCUGAAGUGCAGUUAAACGGCACAUAUAGUUUAUCAUCGGAUAUCUAUAGCCUGGGUACACUCAAUGACAUUGAGUCAAUCGACAACAAAAAUCACGGCAACUAUAAUGAGGCCGUUUGUGCGCUAAUCGAUCGCUUACUAGACGUACGGCCUGACAAACGGCCAGAUUGUGCGACAAUUGCUCAACAACUCCGGGAACUUAACACCGAUGAAAUAUUUGUGCGGCAAUACAUUAUACCAAAUAAAAUUAUUUCAUCAAACCAUACAGACAUUCAUAACGGUGACUAUAAUGAUGAAGACAAUAUCAAACAAAAAUUGGCCGAAAUACGCUUAUGGUCACAAUUAGAUCGUAUAUAUUAUGUGCAAUACCGACAGCACUGGUUUACCCACCAUAUUAGUGACACAGCACCGGGACGUACGCUAACCCUAAACACACUAAUGGAUUGGUGUUCGCUAUCAUUGAAGACAGCACUCGGAAAAGCACGUGACUAUUUCGGCGUACGUCCCAAACGCCUGUUCCCACCCCUGGGUUUCUUUAUGGCAUCUGAACUACUGCUGGAACUCAUUGAAUGCGUACACUAUUUGCAUACAAGACAUCUACCCGUUAUUCACCGUAACAUUAAACCCAAUAACAUUAUGAUAGCACCGGUAGUCGGUUUUUAUGGGUGCCGUUUUGUAAGACUAAGUGACUUUGAACUAGCUGUGAAUCAUCGCGAUAAUGAGCAUGGUCAUUUACCACGUGUGGCUAGUGUUAAGUAUGUGGCGCCGGAAGUAAUGGACGGCCAUACGUACGAUACAAAAGCCGAUAUGUAUAGCAUUGGUGUUGCGCUUCAGGAGUUAUUCAACUUUGAUAUGAAUAAAGACCAAUGGAUGCAACCGAUGGACAGUGAGGUCCGAGCGAUGAUUACCGACACAAUCAAUGUUGACAACACAUCGUAUGACAUAAACACUGAGUUUGUUCAGCAUUUCCUGAGCGCUAAAUACAGGGCCAGCGCUACAGAUCAUAGCAAUAAUGGACAGGUAGAUAAACCAUAUGUGUUUGAGUUUAGCACUGGUACUGAAUACAUGGUAGAGCCGUCACAAUGUCUAAUAGUAGAAGUACAGGAUGACCAACUUGUUAAGACUCACGAUUACCAAAGUUCAACAACUGAUCUAUGUACAUUAAAUGAGUCAAUAGUUCAACCACUAGAGAUUGAAACAUUAAUCGUCAGCAAUGAUGGUCAACAGCACCCGCCGGCCCAACAUAUGGCCGAAGCACAGGUCGAGUCAAUCAUACAGUGUUUGAUGGAUAGACUGGAACCGGUGAUAGACAUUGAGACCCAUCACAGGCCCAACCAUUUGCACAAAGAGUUUCUAUUGGAUGGUCAGUGUUUGGGCGCCGGUCUAUCGGGACUCGUAGUGCGGGCCACCAGACGGACAGACGGCACCGAAUAUGCCGUUAAAAUGCAUUUUAUUGUCGGCAAAGAGGACACAGAGGACGGGCUGUUACGGGAGUAUCACUGGCGGCGCCGGGAAGUGGACGUGUGGUCGGGUGUGUCGUACGGACAGUGCGUCCAGUAUUACGACUCGUGGGUCGAGAGGGACGAAGAGUGUCGGCAACGGUUCACGCGUUACCUA